CACGUGAACGUUGGCGGGAAAGUAUAACACGAUGAUAAGCAGCAAACCGAACGGUUCAGUUUCACUGUUGUCAGACAGGGGGCUCGCUGUAUGCCAUCAUGCACCAUCACCCAUUCCCCCGGCACGACUACUCACUCCCGUUCCCGGUGAGGUGCUGUGUCAGAGAAUUGACACGGGCUGGACGGGUAGCCGAAGAACCGUGUGUUGUGUGUGCUGCAGUACCUAUCAGUGAAGUAUCCCGAAUGGUCGAUCGUCGAUCGCGCUUCGCUUCGCCUGCGAUUUGCAGGUGGAUUAAUCGGACCACAAGCACCACUCGGCCGGCAGUCAGAGCCGAACCGCGCAGCCGUCUCUCGCUCAAUUUCGCGUGUGAUUUUGUGAAAAGAAAGAACCAUCAACCCUCCACGGGCUUGUAAGCCCGCGGGCGGCCGUAGCAGUGUACAAAACCUGAAAUCCAGGACCCGUGGCAGGAAAUAGAGAUAACUCGGAAGCGUAUCGCAGCCUCCACAAUCGGUGAUGUCGCCAAGAGAGCGGAGAGCAGCUACCUGGCCUGCGAGCAAACAGUAACCACUGCCAACCUUCACCGGGGACAGCGCACCGUUACGAGCGGCUCGGGUUCAAGUUCUCGGCAAGAUAGUUCUUCCCUUUCGUGCAGCCCGCGCUCACACGCUCGCGCGCGCUUCUUCGCCCCUUCAACCGUGCUAUUAAACCGUACACACAAACCUGUCGCGCAGCUCGAACGGAUUCGCAGCCAGUCUUGUUAGUGCCGUCGCAGCGGAAGGAACGAACGUGUCGGACGCGCUCUAUGUGUGACGUGCAAACUGCUAUCGCACGAAAAUGAAGCACGAUUCGGUUGGAGCGGAAAGUGGCAUUGUGAAUCCCACCUUUUACCAGGAGCUAUCCGAAGAGCAAUCCGUCCCGGAUGUGACGCCCCGUGGUGACGCUCUGCCGCAGGUGACCGUUUCGCGACCACUCUAUCAGCAGCAUCAGCUGAACGAUGCGUACCAGUAUCGAAAACCGAAACGGGCACUCCAAAGGGAGUUGAAGACGCGAAUGCGUAAGGUGGACGCAAAGAGCUGCUGUAGCACUGUGUUUCCCCUGAUUACCUGGCUGCCGGAGUACUCGUGGGGCAAGGACCUAGUGCGCGAUCUCAUCAGUGGGUGUACGGUGGCGGUGAUGCACAUACCGCAGGGUAUUGGAUAUGCGCUGCUGGCCAAUGUGCCGCCGAUCGUCGGCAUCUAUAUGGCGUUCUUCCCGGUGCUGAUGUACUUUCUGUUCGGUACCUCACGCCAUAACUCGAUGGGAACGUUUGCGGUCGUUUCCAUUAUGGUUGGGAAAACGGUGCUAGCGUACACCGGUACCAGCGAACCGGGCGAACCGCCCCGCACCGCACUGGAAGUGGCCACGGCCGUUUGUUUCGUCGUCGGCAUCAUGCAGCUAAUCAUGUGCGUCUGCCGGCUGGGCGUAAUAUCCUUUCUGCUGUCCGAUACGCUCGUUUCCGGCUUUACGACCGGCGCGGCCAUCCACGUCGUUACGUCACAGAUCAAGGACCUGCUCGGGCUGACGCUACCCUCCGUCGGCAGUAUGUUCGAAAUUGUAAAGAUUUACAUCGAAAUCUUCAAGCAAAUCGUAAACGUUAAUUGGGCCGCCAUCAUCAUAUCGACCAUCACGAUCGUGGUGCUGGUGUUCAACAACGAGAUCCUGAAGCCGAGGGUCGCUAAGCGCAGUGUCAUUCCGAUACCGAUCGAGCUGAUUGCGGUCAUUGCCGGGACGCUGCUGUCAAGGUAUCUGUAUUUGCAGGACAAGUACAGCAUCAAAACGAUCGGCACCAUCCCCACAGGAUUGCCCGCACCCACAUUGCCCGACUUCAGCCUGAUGCCGUCGAUACUGAUCGACAGCUUCCCAGUGGCAAUGGUCGGCUACACCGUGUCCGUCUCGAUGGCACUCAUCUUUGCCAAGAAGGAAAACUACGAAAUCGGCUUCAAUCAGGAGCUGUUUGCGAUGGGUACGGGCAACGUGUUUGCAUCCUUCUUCUCCUGCUUCCCAUUCGCGGCCUCGCUGUCCCGCUCCUCGAUCCAGUACUCGGUCGGUGGCCGCACCCAGAUUGCGUCCGUCAUCUCGUGCGGACUGUUGGCGAUCGUGCUGCUGUGGGUGGGCCCGUUCUUUGAGCCGCUGCCCCGCUGCGUGCUGGCCGGCAUCAUCGUGGUUUCCCUCAAGGGGUUGCUGAUGCAGGUAACGCAGCUGAAAAGCUUCUGGCGCCAAAGCUGGAUCGAUGGGAUGGUGUGGAUACUGACCUUCCUGUCGGUGGUGCUGCUCGCGAUCGACAUCGGUCUGCUGGUUGGCAUCGUGCUGAGCAUUUGCUGCAUCUUCUUCCGCGCGCUCAAACCGUACACCUGCCUGCUGGGAAACGUUCCCAAUACGGACAUUUAUUUGGACGUGAAUCGUUACGAUGGACUGAUUCAACACGCCGGCAUAAAAAUAUUCCACUACUGCGGUGCGCUUAAUUUUGCCUCCCGUGCAGCCUUUAAAACGACAGUCUGCGAAACGCUUGGCAUCAAUCUUACGGAGGAGAUUAAACGGCGGAAGGAUCCGGACUGGAAGCCAUCCAUGGAGCAGAGUAGCUGCCGGGUGCUGGUAUUAGACUUUACCUCGCUCAGCUCGAUCGAUCCAUCCGCCGUCGGAACGUUCAAGGCGAUGGUGCGCGAGUUCGAGGAGCUUGACAUACAGAUCGUGCUGGCCGGAUGUCAGCCGCCCGUCUUUGAGGUGAUGCUGAAAUGUGGCCUGGUGGGCGAUAUCGAAAAACCGUACUGUCGGGUGUUUACCUCCGUUCACGAUGCCGUCCAGUUCGGAAAGGAGUGCGUUGGAAUGGGUUCGAUCAGUGGUAGCGUCGUUUCCGGAGCAACCGGGAUUGUGUAGCCGAAUGUGUAGAAAACGCACGUGUAUAGGGUAACACGAGCCUAAGCUAAGAGUGCAUUUUUUCUACGUGCCAUGCCAGUCGUACUUAACAGUUGCGGCUCGCCGCAAUUGGGAUAAAGUAUUUUCCUUAGGGUUAGGUGACCAUUUUUUGAAGCAAUGAUAGUUAUUUUUCUGUACAGGUAUAGUAGAUAAGAACUAUUUAAAGGACAUUCAGGUUUCUAAUCGUUCAGUUACACCUCAGACCAAAAUACACCUUUUAAUAAUA